CCAAGUCCCCCUUCCUUUCCCCUCCGGCGGGCGCGGCGCGAAGUUGACAGGCUGACAGGAAUGGAGACUGAAACUGCAAGAGACAAAGCCAUGGAAGAAGAAAGCACUGAGCAGAAAAAGGAGAGAGAGAAGAAGAAGAGGUCAAGGGUGAAACAGGUGCUUGCUGAUAUAGCAAAACAAGUGGACUUCUGGUUUGGUGAUGUCAAUCUCCACAAAGACAAAUUCCUCCGGGAACAAAUCGAGAAGUCCAGAGAUGGGUAUGUCGAUAUAUCCCUACUUGUUUCUUUCAACAAGAUGAAAAAAUUGACUACUGAUGGAAAAUUGAUAGCUCGAGCAGUUAAAAGCUCAUCUGUGGUAGAGCUGGAUUUAGAAGGGACUAGAAUCCGAAGACGCCAGCCGCUGGGUGAGCAACCAAAGGAUGUGGAUAGUCGAACAGUCUAUGUGGAGCUGCUGCCCAAAAAUGUCAAUCACAGCUGGAUUGAGCGAGUGUUUGGGAAGUGUGGUAACGUGGUUUACGUCAGCAUACCCCGGUAUAAAAGCACUGGUGAUCCAAAGGGGUUUGCUUUUGUUGAGUUUGAAACUAAAGAGCAAGCAGAGAAAGCUAUUGAGUUUCUGAAUAACCCACCCGAAGAAGCACCACGGAAACCUGGGAUUUUCCCCAAAACAGUGAAGAAUAAGCCUGUUCCUACCCUGAAUGCAAGUAACAGCACUGUGGUAGAAGAGAAGAAAAAGAAGAAGAAAAAGAAAUCCAAAGUGAAGAAAGAAAGCCAUGUGCAAGCAGCUGCAGAGACAAAGGAAUCAAACACAAACACUACAGCAGAGCAAGUACCCAAAUCAAAAAGACACAGGACUUCCUCGGAGUGCUCAGAAAUGGAGGGGAUUGAGACUCACAGGCAGCACUCAAGGAAAGAGAAAAGAAAAUGGGACAGAACAGAGAGCUCAGAGGCACCUUGGGAAAGCAGGCCAGGGAAGAGAAAAAGAACCAGCUCUGGAGACGGUGAGACAUCAGCUCCCAAAGUCAAGAAAACUGUUCACAAGGAUGAAGUUCCUCCUGUAAAAGAGGAAACCACAGAAGCUCCAAAGGAUUCCAAUGACAUUUCAGCAGAAGAGGACAAAGAUAAAAAAGACACAUCCCUUUCAAAAUCUAAAAGGAAACACAAGAAAAAACACAAAGAAAGGCACAAAAUGGGCGAAGAAGUCAUUCCUCUCCGAGUACUCUCCAAGACCGAAUGGAUGGAUUUGAAGCAAGAAUAUUUGGCCCUUCAAAAAGCCAGCAUGGCUGCCUUAAAGAAAACAAUGUCACAAAUCAAAAAUGAAUCUGUGGCAGAGAUGGACACUGAGUCUGCCACCAGUGAGGACUGCGCCCAUCCCUCCAAGGCCAACACAAUGGGGCCCCGCUUUGUGAGUGGAGUGAUUGUGAAGAUCAUUAGCACUGAGCCCCUGCCGGGCAGGAAGCAGAUCAAGAAUGCUUUGGCAGUGCUGGCUGAAGCUGCCUAUGUGGAUAUGCUGGAGGGAGACACAGAAUGCCAUGUCCGUUUUAACACUCCAGAGGAUGCACAGACCGUUGUGAGAUCACACAAAGAAAUACAGAUCAAAAACAACUGGAAAUUCGAAGUUCUCACUGGUGAUCAUGAACAGCGUUACUGGCAGAAGAUUCUAGUGGACAGACAAGCUAAACUUAACCAACCACGAGAAAAGAAGAGGGGCACUGAGAAGCUGAUUGCCAAAGCUGAAAGAAUGAGACUUGAAAAGACUCAACGAGCAAGCAAACAUAUUCGAUUCACCGAAGAGAAGUAACCAAGACUUGAUUGUGAUCUUCCAAGUGAACUAGAUACUUAAAAAAC